AUGUCUCUUAGCGAAAAAUGGACGGUGAGGUACCAGAAGAAUGGAAAUUCCAGCCCGGAAUCCCAUUAUUCCAACUCCAUUCAGUUGUACGCUUUGUGGAAAAGUGAAGUAAGCGAAACACCUUCACGCCAAGAUUUCGAAGUUAUCGGAAGCAGUUUCCGUGCCAUAAAUGUGAAAGAACUUACACAAGAAUGGACACCUUGCGAAGACACUUGCGCUAUGAGUGCGGAAUUAUUCCGCAAUACCUUUGUUGUGUUUGCAAAAAAAUAUGUUAAGGAUUGUUUGCCAUUUAUUAACGAUUUAAAAAUAAAGAAGAUAUUUUUCUAUUCGUCUUUAAUUUUCUCAACAUCAACAUCUACAUCAUCACUGAAGAUCGAACUCCAACUGAAAACAUUUCGUCACACAUUUGUUAUUGAUUUUUUUACUAAAGUAAAAUAUUUUUCUAUUUUUUUAAAUUUUAUCGACAACUAUCAUCAUCUGAAGAUUUUUGAUGUUCUGUUUACCCCUGUCCCAGGAGUUUUCCCCGCGGAUCUCGUUUCGCUUCCAUUCAGUCAACACCUAAGUAUUACCGAAGCUCCGAAGCCAUUCCCUUGCCAUAAAUGUGGAAGAUCCUACAGAAAUAAGGGCAGUCUGAAAAGGCAUUUGGUGGAUGAAUGUGGCCGGCCACCAGGUUAUAUCUGUAAUAUUUGUCAAAAGGGAUUUAAGCAGAAAGCAAAUUAUCACAGACACGCUGCCACCAUUCAUGGUCGUGUCUUGACCGAGGGACUUACCACUGAGAAAUCACGGAUUGUAACUCGAGAAAUCGCGGGAGAAUUUUCGGGAAACUCUUUUGGAAGUCUCGUCAAUCCAGCAUUUCCAACAAAACCUUUCGCUUUCGUUAAUACCGGCAUUAAAAAACCGGUUCUCGACUCAAGCAGCCUCGGUCCUGCAUUCGUGUCUGUUCGGUCUGAGUCGGUCAUGUCCGACGAUUCGGACGUGCGCACGAAGUAAUGAUAGACCUGCGCAAGAGAGAUGACGUCGGCGGCGAACGCACAACCGAGCGAAUCCGAUCUUCGCCGAGUUAAGUCGAGAUUCAAACUUCGUCCUACAAAUGAAAAUUGCCGCAUGCCCCUAUUGAUAAUUUUGACGUAAAGCAGGCCGGAAGUUUAGAUAGUAAAUACCGUAGUUUCCGACAUGGAUCACGACGUCAAAAUUUUCAGUUUCGGUUAGUCACCUUUGAUUUUUUCAAGUCAAAGAUAAAACUCAUAAGGGCCUUUCUUUCCGGUUAGGUUUAUAAACAAUAAAAAUCAGUGAUCUAACAGGUGACCUACUCAAACUGUGGGUAUGAGUAUUUACAUUUGAAGAACGUCGAGCUUAUGAAUAAUUCUAGUAGAUAUACAGGCUUUGUCUGAAUGUAAUUCAAGAUUCCUAUUUACCGACUUUACUCAUAUCGACAAUCUUCAAUGGUUCAUGCCAAUGCUAAGUUUGGAACACCUGAAAGGAUGCGCUGAAUCCUUUCAAUUAUUUUUAUUUUCAAAAAUUUAGCACGGACGCAAAGCCUUUUUAGCAUGGACGUAAACAAUCGAAGACUCAUUAUGUCAGAAAAUAGGAAUCUUUAAUUAAUACGCAGUCGACAUAUCUGCUACCUCGCUUAUCAGGUGGCGCUAUUGUCAAGGUCAAAGAGGCUACAGUCGUGUCCCUAAAUUCUAGGGAGAUUUCAAAACUCACUACGAGGAUUUCUAAGAUUUCUCAGUGAAAAGCCCCCUGAUCCUGGGGAUCAAAGCGCUUAUCAAAAUGUACACGAAAGGGUCUAAUUUAUUUAGAAUUAAGAGGCAAAAAGUCAUUGACUUAUAUUUUUUUAGGCUUGUACAAAGAAUGAAAAUUGUAUGGCCAAAGUAAAAAUAUUGUACUCGGCAAAAGAUUUCUCUUGUUUGAUUUCUUUUCUGAGGGUGGAUCACAAAAAUACGUUUGUUUUUUUUUGGAAUCCAUGAAUUUUCAUUUUUUUCUGUUUAUGGGAAAAAAUGAUUUUCAAUUUUAUGUUUAAAAUAAAAUAUAAAAUACAAUAAGUACUAUUUUCUACUUAAAUUAUGUAUCAUUUAAAAGAUAUCUUUGCAUAAUAUCUUAGUUCAAAAUUUGUACAGCUUAGGAGAAAUUCGGACAAAACUAAAAUACCCUGGGUAAAUUCGUGAACUCGUAAUUUUCUUUGGGAUUUCUAACCAGUAGAAAGCAAAAAAGUGUUUUGGUGAUCUACUUUUCUAUGAAAGGAUGAUAGGUCGUUUUUGUAUCAAAACAGGCUUUUAUAAAUUUGAUAUCUCCAUAAUUGUGUCUAUUUUUAAGUAACAUUUCGCGUUACUUAAAUUUUAAAACUUUUUCUUAUUGUAUGUAUAUUAUAUUACAUUAUAUAGUAUAUAUAUUUUUACUUUAGAAAGUUUAGUGAAAGUAAGAAAAUUAUUGUUAAAUUGUUUAAAAUAAUUAGAAGAGCUCAUGCGAAUUUUUUAGUAGAUUCUCGUGUAGAAAUUUUCAACAAAUUAUGCUAAAAUACUCUGUUUUUUAUUUUCUAUGAACAAUAAGUUUCAAUAGAAAAAUAAUAUAUCGAUAUAUCAUUAUUGUUUAUCAAGGUAGGGUGAAAUAAAAUAUUAGAGAGUGCGUGCUAUGAAUAAAAUAAUGUAAUAAUCUGAGACUGCUUAAGAAUUACGAGAAAUUUUAAUCAUGUAUAUUGAACAAGAAGUCGGAUCGAACAUAGUACAUUUUUUUAAUGGAAAUGAAACCAAUCAAUACGGUUAAUUAAUUCGAUUAAUCGGUAAUUAAAACUGACUAUGAUGCAGAGAAACAACAAAUUGUUUUGAAGUAAUUCUUACCCAAAAAAGUAAAUAUUGUAUGUAGUUUCAUUUCAAUCUAAAAAAAUUGCUGCAUUUGACUAGACUAGCCAUAUUAUACAAGUGUAUAUAAGAUUUGAGGAAAUCCUCUCUUUAUAAUUUUGUUCUGAUAUGAGCAUUUUCACAAAACUGUCAAUUUUAGGUCACAUUACGGGUUCGCAGUGUUCGAAAAUUUAAAAAAAUCAUGGUUGUAAAUUGGUUCAUAAGCUCAAAAAAUGUCCCGUAAGUUAAAAAAAACUCAAAAAUGUGAUAUAGUUAAGUGAGUUAGCCAAACCAUGACACUUUUCUAGCAAAAAAGACUAAUUUCUAUGAAAAAUUGUAUUGGAGAGAAUGAUAAUCAUUUAUAUAAUUAAUGAAAAUUAUCAAGAACCAAUUUUUAGAAGUUUGUAUUUAUUUAAAAAUUUUUUUUUGACGAAAAAUUGCGCACUUUUUGUGGAAAUGUCCCAUGUAGCUACAACGGGUAUACGUAUAUUAUGUUUAGAAAUAUAUGUAUUUUAAUAAGAACCAUAAAGUACACUAGUCUUUAUAAUACUGUCAUUAUAAAUAAUUCAAAUAACGGAGAUUCUACCAUACAAUUGUCCAUAAUUGUAAUCUUAUUAUCUUCCUAGGAUAACUAAUUUUUUAUCGCAAAUACCAAAUCCAUCUGAUAUAAAUGUCUUUAAUUCGUACAACUAAAAUUUGUUUUACGUUAAAACGUACCAGUCUUAUAAUAAUUGUAUAAAGAACAUCAGUCUACGCAAGAAAUCCUUUUGGCAGUUAUUUUUACUUCUUUGUGUUUAGGGUUUUAUAGAAUUUGAGUUGAUCUGUGUUCAAUCAAUAGAUU